AAUCAUAAUCCACCGACGAGAAGUUCAUUACGGAACGUAGAAGAGCCGAUGAGACCCCGCCCCCGCUGGGCUCCUCAGCCUUCCAAAUCUUGAAGCCUUCUCCGCGCACCCCCCCAAUCAUUCCAGCAGUCUACUCUUCUUGGAUGUGUAAUGUUAAGGUUUGCUUCUAAUGGAGGAUCGUCGCACGCCUCCCUUCCUAGCUUCGAUCCCGAAGCCUGCUUCUUCUCCUGAAGGUGUCAGAUUUGAUGGCGCUGUAAACCCUAGCUUUCAUGGAUUUGGGGCGUCGGGACUCAAAAAGAGGGGGCAGAGUGGCCGGUCGUGGAUACAGAUAGAUAGUAGCGGGAACUCGCAGGUGAUUACGCUGGAUAAGAUCGCUUUGCUGCGGCGAUGCGGGUUGCCGUCCAGAGACUUCCGGCUUCUGGAUCCCGUCUUCGUCUACCCUUCCACCAUUCUCGGUCGAGAGAACGCCAUCGUCGUCAGCCUCGAGCAGGUCCGGUGCAUCAUAAUGGCGGAUGAGGUUCUGCUCAUGAGAUCCUCCGACGGUUCCUCGACGCACUACGAAUCUGAGCUGUGCCAGCGGCUUCGAAGGAUGAAGGAUCAAAAUGAUGACCUGCCAUUUGAGUUCAAGGCUCUGGAGCUCGCCCUUGAACUGGUGUCUGCAUCACUUGAUUCCCAGGUAACCGAGUUGGAAGUUGAGAUUUAUCCUGUGCUAGAGGAACUAGCUUCAUCCAUUAGCACCACCAACCUUGAGCAUGUUCGGAGACUGAAAAGCCAUCUUCUUGCCUUGACUCAUAGGGUUCAGAAGGUGCACGACGAAAUAGAACAGCUCAUGGAUGAUGAUGGGGACAUGGCCGAGAUGUACUUAACCGAGAAGAAGGAGAGGAUGGAGGCAUAUUUAUCCACCGAUGGAUAUUUGAAUAGCAUUCAAUCUGGCAACUGGGUAUCACAGUCUGCACCUGUCUCGCCCACAUGUUCUAGUACUGGUCAACCAGAGAAAGGCUCGAGCAAUAUGAGCUUCAGCAAGCAUGAGAGCUCAAGAGGAUCAUCUACUAGGGGAAGACAUGUUGAAGAACUAGAGAUGUUACUCGAAGCAUAUUUCGUUGGCAUCGACAACACUUUAAGCAAAUUGUUAUCUCUUAAAGAGUACAUCGACGACACAGAAGACUUUAUAAACAUUAAGCUGGACAACGUUCGGAACCAGCUCAUCCAGUUUGAGUUGCUGCUUGCAGCUGCUACUUUCGUGGUGACACUAUUUGCAGUCGUUACAGGAGUCUUUGGCAUGAACUUUGAGGAUUCUGUGUUUGAUACUGCUUCCAAUUUCAACUGGGUGCUGAUCAUAUCGAGCAUAUCCUGUGCAGUAAUCUAUUCUUGUUUCUUGCUAUAUUUCAAGCACAAAAAACUACUUCCAACCUAUCACUAAGUUGAAGGUUGUAUGCUAAUGUCAAGAUCUGGGGUUUCUACUGCAUCUCUCAUGACCUUUUAUUUUGGGGCAGAGGCUGAUCUUUAACCCCCUUACAGAUAUAAUGAGUAUCCAGGAUUGUAUGCUUCCUUCGAAGUGUUGUCAUCUUCAAACUGGUUUGACAGGAAAACCUUGCUGUCACAAUUUACUUCCUGAUAUCUAAAUUUGAUGGCCUUGUGAAGAUGAGAAGAUUCAGGUAAACAUUUUGGAUCAACUGGUUUCAGAUUUAUCAAAUUAAGAAGCCAAUUCUCUCCAUUGAAUUUUGAGAAAGAAUCAAAUGCUAAUGAAAAUGUAUCCUUGUAUGAAAGAAAAGAGUAUUGGUUAAUGGGUUAGAAUUGAGAGGGAAUCAUAUGCCAUUAAAAAUGCAUGUCAACCAAUUGAAAA